AUGAAGGUUUUUUCCGGCUUGACUCUGGCGCUGCAUGCCGGGUCAGCAGUGGCGGCACUAGCACACAACUCGAACUCAACCUACUACAAUCCUGUUCUCCCCGGCUGGAGCUCCGACCCAUCUUGCAUCCAGAUCCACGGCACAUUCUACUGCGUGACGUCGACCUUCGUCACCUUCCCCGGCCUGCCCGUCUACGCCUCCAAGGGCUUGAUCAACUGGAAGCACAUCGGCCAUGUGUGGAAUUGCGAGUCCCAGCUCCCCGGCUAUAGCUGGGCCACCAAGGAGCAGCAACAAGGCAUGUACGCGGCAACCAUCCGUCAUCGCCACGGCACCUUCUACGUGAUCUACGAGUACCUCGGCCUUAACGGCAAGAACGUGCACCUAGGAGUCGUGUUGGACGACGACGGAGGACAGUUGAGUUUCCGGUUCAAUGCAUCGGGGAACGGGCAGGGCCAGACGACGAAGGCGAGCGCGGUACCUAAGGGGUGGUUUGCGGCGAUGCUGGCGGCGGAUGAGAGGACCAAGGUGGAGUUGGGUAAGGCAUCGGCGGAGCUGCUUAGCGGCGGGACGGGAUCGUUCGUUGGCACGCUGAUCGGAGUGUAUGCCACCUGCAACGGCGCCGGCUCGGGACUGGACUGCGAGGACGGCACACCCAGGGCGUACGUCAACCGGUGGAGCUAUACGGGAGUUGCGCAGUACAUCUCGGAGACGGAGACGGUCCCGAACAUUGCAGAACUAACUAGCCCCAAACCCAAACCGGAAUCACAACCACCUAUGGUUUGUCUGAGCGGGGUUGUCGGCGACAAGGGCUUUUGA